CUCACCGGCUCGUUCUCUUCACUCUUCUCCUCCGUUUCCAGGUCCAAGUCAAAAACAGCUGCCAUCGCAGCAGCACCCGGAACAAAAAGAAAGUAACUUCCGGGAACCUGUAAACAGUCGGAAUGCACCUGAGCUGCUCUCUGAAGUCUUGUGUGAACGAAAAUGGGUGCAGCAGUAAAGUGCGUGAUUACUGGAGCCAACAUUAAAGCUCUUGGACGCGCUAUUCACUCCUUGUCCCGAAUUGGAGAAGAGCUUUACUUUGAACCCUUAGGGGAUGGGCUCUGCCUGCGCUCGGUGAACUCCUCGAGGUCAGCCUAUGCCUGUUUUACUCUCGCUCCACUCUUCUUCUACUCCUAUGAGGCAACUGGAGGAACCUGCCAUUGCAAGAUCUUCAUGAAGUCAGUGAUGAGCGUCUUCCGCUCCCUCCCUUCUCUGGAGAAGACAGUAGAGAAAUGUUUGAUCAAGCUGAAUACGGCCAGCAAUCGUCUAGUUAUCCAGCUGUUUUGCAAGUAUGGAGUUACAAAGACCCAUAACUUGUCAUAUCAAGACUGUGAGUCCCUACAGGCCGUGUAUAAUCCAAGCAGCUGUCCCAAUGUCCUCAGAGCACAAGCCAGGCUUCUUUCAGAUGCUGUGGUGCACUUCCCACCGACACUUGCAGAGGUGACGCUAAGAGCAGGUCUCUGUGGAAAAGUCACACUCAGGAAUUACGUGGAAGAAGAGACGGAUCCUAGUAAAGCUAUGCUGACUGAACUAUCCCUGAGCAGGGAAGAAUUCCUGGAAUACCACCUGCAGGACGAGAGAGAGAUUACUUUUUGUCUGCGUGAAUUCAGGGGUCUACUGGCGUUUGCAGAGUCCUGCAGCCUACCAAUCUCGGUACAUUUUGACAGCGCUGGCUGUCCAGUUGUAUUCAGUGUAGAUGAUACCGUGCUCGAAGCCCAUUUUGUGCUUGCCACACUCUCAGAUACCGAUCAUGCCUCACAGUCCCAGAACCACAGACCUUGCUUACCAAAUGAUGAUGAUGACUUUCUGGGUGAUGACCUAGACUACAUGAUCGCCAUGGAAACGACCCUUGCAGGAGCUUCCUCACCACCACGUAGUCCAACAUUCAGUCAUCCGGUUCCUGUACAUGAAGAACAAGCUUUAACUUCAGGAAGUGAAGAUGAACAGGAGAGGGAGAUCCCUGGUACACCUCCUAAUAAGAAGUUCCGUUCUUUAUUCUUCGACUCAGUUAUCCACAAUUCUGGGCAAACAAACCAAGAAGUUCUUGCAGAAGACAGCGAUGGAUAGUGCUCCGAAUGAAACCUGACCAAAUAUUCCUAUCUGACAUGACAGCAGGAAUGUAGACCUGUCCAGAAUCAUGACUGCAGUACUGUCCACUGCCUGGCCUCUACAGCUGGAAACGGCAAUGUUCAUAUUUGACCUUGACGUAGAAACUGUUGAAGCAGUGAAGAGGCGUCUAACUGUGCAACACAGUCACAAUGCUUGGAGACGUUGCGUACUGUACUUAGAACUUCAUGAAGAACUGCAUGAGAAUGUACAAAUGUUACAGGAUUAGAGGAAAUGUAUGAAAAUCUGUUUUAUAUUUCAUAAUUUUAUUUUUGGAAUAAAAAAACCCACUGUG